AUGAAGAAGAGUGAAACGAUCAAGGAGUAUUUUGUGAGGGUUACGGCUGUAGCAAACCAGAUGAGAAGCAAUGGAGAAACAAUGUCGGACACCAUUAUCGUAGAAAAAAUCUUGAGAACCUUGACUGAAAAGUUUAUUUAUGUUGUGGUUGUAAUAGAAGAGGCAAGAGAUGUAAAAACCAUGUUAGUUGAUGAACUACAAAGCUCGUUGGCUGUACACGAGUAUAAAUUCAAGCCCAUCGAAAAGGAAGAAGAUCAAGCCUUGAGAAUGUCUGCUUUAUUUAGAGGAAGAGGUAGAGGCAGAGGGAUGAAUAGAGGAAGUGACGAAAGGGCUUUUGACAAGUCACGUAUUGAAUGUUUCAAAUGCAAGAAGCUAGGACAUUUUCAGAUUGAAUGUCCUGAGUGGGACAAAGCCAAUUAUGCUGCAGAGGAUGAAAAAGAAGAAGUCUUAAUUAUGGCUAAUGUUGAAUCAGAGUUUACAACAGCAGCUCCACCAAAAGUACAAGUAGAGCUCAAGAGUAAUGAAUGGUUUCUAGACUCAAUUUGCUCAAAUCACAUGUGUGGAGAACUACAUUGGUUCACACACUUGGAUACCAAGUUCAAUCACUCUGUUAAAAUGGGAAAUGACAUGAAAAUUGAUGUAUUAGAAAAAUGA